CUAAUGUGUUUCAUGUCCGUGACAGAGAGAAACUUGAACAUUUUAUAUUGAAUUCAACUACAAGUGUGAGAGAGAUUUGAUUAGUCCGGUUACCGCCAUGAAACCAGACACUCUUUUAGCAGCUUCUAUGGUGCUUAUUCUACAAGCCCAUUCUUCUCAUACUGGAUUUAUUUUUGGUUCUAGGUGUCAUGGUAAAAAUCAUAAUUUCGUGGUUGGUAAUAAUACAUCUCAAUAUAAGUUGCUUUUUAUGGAUCGGGUAAAUUUCAAAUCCACACAGGUCUCGGGAGGAAAUCCAAUAGUAAAGAACUAUCCAGGAGAAGGAAAAUUGCCCACUGGCAUCAUCAAGCUCAUAGAGGUACAGGACCUGAUAAAUAACGGAUGUGGAGGGACUGUUACCAUUCUUGGUGGAGGUGUUGACUAUAGCCAUGUUAUUCUUAACUACGCUCCUAUCCGGGGUUAUGGAAUAAAUUUCGUUGUUAAUAUAUAUGGAACAUAAUUCUUCAAAAAUUAAUAUUUAAUUUGGAGAUAUUUUAAAUUAAAUAUUAUAUUAUAAAACUAAGUUUAUUGAAUAAAAUCAUUGACGAAAAUCUCUAUGACUGAUGAAAUGAA